AUGCGUGUCAGUGAAUCCUGCAGCACUCCCCCAACACCCGGAAUCGGAGCACACUGCUACGGCCAGACCCUGGCCACCACCCCCGUGACCGGCCCUCCCGGCAGCCAGAGGGGCCUGCCCCAUGGUUCCGCCCACCGCCCUGCAGGUCCGAGGCCUGGGCUUCCUCGACAAGGCCUUCCCUCUCAGCGGCCCGGAAACCCGCGCUGCACAGGCUGGUCUCUUCUAGAAUGUGAGCUGGGCACCAGCAGGGCCCUGAGGGAACUCGCUCUCCCUCCCGCGUUCUUCAUCCCGGCCCCCCCUCCCGCUGCCCGGCGGUCCGGACACGGGCACGACACGCACGACCUCGGAACGCAGUCCAAGCGCUCCCUGCUCCCCGCGGGCUGCGGCUGCCGUCGGAGGGCGCGAACACACCGGCGCUCGGAAGCACUCCGGCCGGAGGAAGAAGGACGGGCCGCUCGCCGACUCCCCCGCCCCGCUCGGCGCCCAGCCCGCGGGUGCUGGAGGGUCCAGGGCAGCGCCACGGACCCAGAGGGGCCUCCAGGCCCCGCACGAGCUGGGUGGGGGCGGGGCACCCGAGGAGCAGAGAAGGGGAGGGCGCGCGGGGGCGGGAACCGGGGCGGCCAGGCGAGCCCCGCGAGCGCAGGGCCGGGUCCCUGCAACAGGUCAGCAGCCCCGCCGGGGGCCGGGUCAGGGGCGCGGGGCAACGGGCCCGCCGGCGGCUUCCGGGCGGCCGCGCCAGGCGGCGGGGGGCGUGCGGCGCGCCGCCCCCCAGGCCGCGACCCCCUGCGCACCCCGGCCGGAGCCGCCGUGGGCGCCCCGCGGGCGUUCGCGAACUUUCCUGCGCCGGCCGCGCUCCGACUUUCGGUUUCCGGGCGGCCCAGCUCCGAGAAAACCCCUCGGGCCCGCGGGGCGGCGACCCUGCGCGCCGGCCCCGACUCCCCGGCGCAGCGCGCGCCCGCCGCCCCGGCCCCGCUGCCCCGGCCCCAGCUGCCCCCGCGACCCGCGACCCGCGACCCCCGACCCCCACAGCGCCACUCACCAACGACUGACGCCAGACCCUAUCAGGAGCGCGCCGGAGGCCGCAGCGGGCGCCGAUUGGCUGGAGCCGCCGCGUCCGGGGCACUUAAGUCGAGCCCCGGCUCGGUCCGCGCAGUUGUCUGGUCGCUGCAGGCGGCUCCGCGCCGUCCUCCUGCGGGCGGCCCUAGUGGGCGCCUCCGCUCCCGAGAGCCGGGCCCGUGGGCGCCGCGGCAGCGCCUGCCCCUCCCCGGAGCGCUGCCCAGCGCAGGCCCCAGCGAGCGUUAG